UUUACACAGACUGGAAAUAAACUUAUAAUUGAGUUUGAUCAUGGUAACAGUGCUAUAGAAGUAAGGAAAACCGACGGAUUUGAGUUAUGUUGCGGAAACACGGUCAACCACACGUGCCACUAUAAUGCGUGGAAACCAGCUCCUAUUGUUGAACAUGACCAGAGCACGGUCACUAUAGAUACGUCAGCUUGUCAUGGUACCACGAAUGUUGUAGCAGCUGUGAGAUAUGCCUGGGAAAUGAGUCCGUGUGAAUUCAAGAUGUGUCCACUCUAUGACAGCAACAACGACCUUCCUGCGGCUACGUUCGUCAAAUAUGGUCCAUUCAAAACGCAGUGAUCAUCUAGACUAAAAGAUAAAUUAUAUCUUGAAUAAUUGUAAUAAAACUCAACACUU